GUUUCAUGGUUUUGAUUUUUUAUUCUACUAUAUAUUUUAUGAGUUAACAGUUUUUAAUUUAGGUUUCUGUUUGUUAGAUAUCUGAAUUCCAGAUAGAUACAUUUUGUGCAUGCAUGAGAGGGUUUUUCUUGAAUUCUUUCUUAAUUUGAGAAAGUUAAAUGUUCAAUCGAGAUGGAAGAGUUCAAAUUUCGAAGCUGGGUCAUUUGGUUUGGGGACUAGUUACUUCAUGAAGCAGUGUUGUAACUAUGUUUGACUGUUUGUGAGAAGGAACACAAGGAAUCAACAACCAUGGAUUCACAGGGCCAGACAACUUCAUUGCAGAGACUUCAGAAUGUAGAAAAGAGAAUUGUGAAGGUUUUGGAGCUUGCAGGAGGAGUCAUGGAUGAGCUUGCAAGCCCUGUUGGUCCUAGGAAGGAUGUGGUCCAAAACCACUGCCUUGAGUUCAUGCAAUUAAUCAAGGACAUUCAGGUUGCAUUGCGGGAUGAAAUCAAAAGUGCUUGUGAAUAUCGUCCAUUUGAGAAAUGUGACUAUGGUUCAAGAAUCGCCAAUGAGAUUUGUCACAAGAAAGUGGAAUUUAUUAUGUCACAGUUAGAUGCAAUGAAACAAACUAUAGAUGAGUAUCAUGCAGCAGUUUGAAAAUGUAGCUUAGUUCCCUGUAGAAGCCUGGGUUACCACCCGGUAAUUGACUUAUUUGGGAUUGCUUAUUACUAGUUAGCGUGUUGUUUUGGAUGGGGUAACAAUUACCCUUGUAGCGAUAGGAAAUCAGUGUAUUUAUUUGGAUGAUUAUAUAGUAGAAUAUCCAAUGAGUGUGGAUUAUUUUGUUCCCCCUAUCUUAUUACGGGUAACACAUUUGGAUGAUUAUAUAGAAGAAUAACUCAGUUUCUUGCUA